AUGCAGUUACCUCAUUGGGAAAAAAUAAAAAACAAAACAUCAACCUUCGUUCAUUUCUAUUUUCUCUUUGUCGUUCUUUGUCAAUGUCAAUCCAUUAAUCAAUCUAAUGUCUGUUCAAUCUAUUAUCUAUCUAUCUAUCUAUCUAUCUCAUUUAUCCAUUACAUCCUACUGACAUCUAUCUAUCUAUCUAUCUCAGUCUGUUCAUAUCUAUCUAUCUAUCUAUCUAUCUAUCUAUCUCUAUUUAUCCAUUACAUCCUACUGACAUCUAUCUAUCUAUCUAUCUAUCUAUCUAUCUAUCUAUCUCUAUUUAUCCAUUACAUCCUACUGACAUCUAUCUAUCUAUCUAUCUAUCUAUCUAUCUAUCUAUCCUUCAAAUCUGACACUCUCAAUCUAUCGGUUCAUUAUCUAUCUAUCUAUCUAUCUAUCUAUCUAUCUAUCUAUCUAUCUCACUCGGUUCAUUAUCUAUCUAUCUAUCUAUCUAUCUAUCUAUCUAUCUUCAAAUCUUACUCUCAAUCUAUUGCUCUGUUGAUUAUCUAUCUAUCUAUCUAUCUAUCUAUCUAUCUAUCUAUCUAUCUAUCUAUCUAUCUAUCUCACUCGGUUCAUUAUCUACCUACCUCACUCGGUUCAUUAUCUAUCUAUCUAUCUUGA